AUGGAGGCCGUGACGACGGCCUAUUCAGAGCUAGUAUCGCGGAGUCUGGUGGUCCAACGGCAUUAUUCUACUAUUGCAAGCGAUACUCUCGCUUGUCUGCGGACUAUACCAACUGAACAACUCAGCGCAAUCUUCAACUCGAGCGACGUCACUGCGUCAGGCGGCGUCGUUAUUGAUGGCGAUAUCGUCGCCGAGUCAGCUACAACGUUGACCAAGAACGGAAAUUUUGUUAGAGUGCCCGUCUUGAUAGGCACAAACUCCGACGAAGGCACGGCAUUCGGCAUUCCCGGUAUCAACACCACUGAGGAAUUCAAGGAGUCACUCUUAUACAGGACGCCAUCACUCACCAAAGAAGUCAUGGACAAGAUCGCCAAACUAUACCCCGACGACCCCAGUCUUGGUAUUCCAUCUACUCUAAAAGGUCGUCCUCCACCAGGAUCACCUUUUGGUAGGCAAUGGAAACGCUCGGCUGCAUACGGAGGGGACUUGACCAUGCACACCGGCCGAAGAAUUGCAACCGAAGCUUGGGCUCGAUAUGGUGUUCCCGCCUAUUCGUACCAUUUUGAUGUUCUCGUCAAUGGCGUAAGCGAGUACAUAGGCAGCACACACUUUCAAGAAAUCGCCUUUGUGUUUGGCAAUACUGCUGGCCAAGGUUAUGAGAAUGCGGUUUCCGUUAAUCCAUUUGCCAAUGAGCCCGCAACUUUCGACGAGUUGGCUAGUAUCAUGUCCACUGCUUGGAUCAGUUUCGUGCAUGAUUUGGAUCCUAAUAGCAAUGCCUUCAGUAGCAAGAAAGGUAUCAACAAGGAGGGUUUACGUUGGCCCGUCUAUGGCCGGAAGAACCCGGCAAACAUUGCGUUCAAUGUGAAUGUGACCGGGCUGGCGCAUGUUGAGCCGGACACAUUCCGGGCCGAGGCUAUUGCUUAUAUGGCGGAUAACUUUGAAGGAGCAUGGGGACGCUAG